UGCGCCUUUAGGGUCUGCUCUUCCUCCAACCUAAUAGGUAUGGUGGAUGACGCGCGCUUGUCAGUUUUUGGAUUGUAACUUAGGAAAGAGAUUGUUGUUCUAUUAUACUAACAUUGCUGAUCUGGGAGCUGCAGGUUUGUGAUAGCAAAAGUGCCACUCUGAGUGGAAUGCUGGACACUGAGUCCACUACUAUGGAGAGUAAUGGGAACACAUAUCUUCCUGACCUUCCUGCUCAACCAGCAGCCUGGCCUUCAGACCAAGUCCCUCCACCACCAGCGCCCGAAGGCUCAGAUUCUUCUCAGAAUGAUCUUGGGCAACAGCAGCAGAUAAACCAACAAAUGAACUCCUCUGAGCUUGGAUCUGUGGAUAAGGCUGUUGAGCAGUUUCAGAUCGCCAGUGCUUCUCAUUUCCAAGAAGAGCAUCCGCCUCCACCCCCGCCCCCACCUCCACCACCUGCAGAGGAACCAGACCAAGCAGUGCAGUAUACGACAGAGUCUCAGCCAGAGGCUGUUAUGCAAGAUGGAAGUCAGGAUGGUACUGAAGCACAGCAGUUAGAGGAUGGCAUGGAGCUUGAAGACCCAUCCAAAGAAGGUUCACAGGAACCAUCUGUUCCAACAGAACCAAGCCUACCCUCAGAGUUUGAAAGACUCUUUAAGAUCUGUGAAGACAGCCCAGAAGACUUUAAUGCCUGGGUGGCAUUGCUGCAAUACGUGGAGCAAGAAAAUCUCCUUAUGGCUGCAAGAAAGUCGUUUGAUGUAUUCUUCCUACGUUAUCCUUACUGCUAUGGCUACUGGAAAAAAUAUGCAGAUCUUGAGAAAAAGCACGGCAACAUACAGGUUGCAGAAGAGGUGUACAGAAGAGGCUUGCAGGCGAUCCCUCUCAGUGUGGACCUUUGGCUUCACUACCUCACCUUUAUUAAAGAGAACUCUGAUCCUGACGAUCCUGAGACAGAGGGCCGGAUCCGAGCGUCAUAUGAACAUGCAGUUCUUGCAGCAGGCACAGAUUUUCGUUCUGACCGCCUUUGGGAAUCCUACAUUACCUGGGAAACGGAACACCAGAAACUGGCUAACGUCACCACUAUCUAUGAUCGUGUCUUAGGCAUCCCAACUCAGUUGUAUUCCCAGCAUUUUCAGAAGUUCAAAGAUCACGUGCAGGGAAACCACCCCAAGUACUUUUUGUCAGAAGAGGAGUUUGUUCAACUUAGACUGGAGCUCUCUAAAUCUAGCCUGUCAGGAAUGGUUGCUGAAGAUGGAGAAGCAAACGUUCCACAGGAGGAGCUGCCACCUGGUACUGAGGACCUUGCAGAUCCCGCUAAGAGGGUGACAGAAAUUGAAAACAUGCGCCACAAGGUGAUUGAGGUUCGGCAGGAGAUAUUCAACCACAACGAGCAUGAAGUCAGCAAGCGCUGGACCUUUGAAGAAGGGAUCAAGCGACCUUACUUCCACGUCAAAGCCUUGGAGAAGACACAGCUAAACAACUGGAAGGAGUACUUGGACUUUGAAAUUGAGAACGGGACCCCGGAGCGCGUGGUGGUCCUCUUUGAACGAUGUCUCAUCGCCUGUGCCCUCUACGAGGAAUUCUGGAUAAAGUAUGCAAAAUAUCUAGAAGGCUUCAGUACUGAUGGUGCGAGACAUGUAUACAAGAAGGCUUGCACCGUACAUCUGCCCAAGAAACCCUCCAUUCACCUUCGUUGGGCAGCCUUUGAGGAGCAGCAAGGCCAAGUGGAAGAGGCUCGCAGAAUCCUGAUGACCUUGGAGGAAACGAUCCCGAGUCUGGCCAUGGUUCGUCUUCGGAGGGUCAGCCUGGAGCGUCGCCUCGGGAACCUGGAGCAGGCUGAGGCACUGUUGAAGGAAGCAAUGGAGUCUGCAAAGACUGCUACAGAGUCAUCAUUCUAUGCUGUAAAGCUGGCAAGACACAUGGUGAAGGUGCAGAGAAGUCUGAGCAAGGCAAAGAAGGUGCUUCUUGAUGCUAUGGAGAAAGACCCGACAAAUUCCAGACUAUAUUUAAACCUGCUGGAGCUAGAGUUUAGUGGAGACGUGACCCAGAAUCAGGCGGAGAUCUUGGCUUGUUUUGACCGGGCCCUGAGGAGCCAAUUGCCCCUGGACUCCCGCAUCGUCUUCUCACAGCGCAAAGUCGAAUUCUUAGAAGACUUUGGCAGUGACAUUAAUGUGCUUGUGGCUGCAUAUGAAGAACAACAAAAACUGCAGAAAGAAAGCGACUCUUUAAAAAGGAAGGCUGAGAACGGAUAUGACAGCUCCCAAGAACCUGAUGGCAAAAGGCAGAGAAUGGAUGAUCCCUCUGCAGUUGCUGCAAAUGCAAUGACUGACAUGCAGGCAAACAACUCGGCAUACAACUACAACUGGUACCAGCAACAGUAUGGUGGUUGGGGACAAAAUUCCUGGGGGCAGUACAACCAGUAUGCCCAGUACAACCAAUACUACCCUCCUCCUCCAACAUGAUGGACUUGAAGAUGGAGAUGCAUCUUUUCCUGACUUUAAAACCUGGAGCAGAGCAAAUUGCUUGGAUGUCAGAUUUUUAAUUCAGCCUCACACUGGGCAGGAUAACCUUUUUUAUUUUUAUUUUUUUUUUUAGAUAUUUUUCCUUCCGCUGUUAUUUACUUUCCUGGUGAAAUUUCAUGUUACAACCCCCACGUUAGAAACACUUGUUUUCUAUGAUCGAAACAAAUCAGUUGGUUUUAAAACUGCAAUUGCUAGAUAUGGUUUCAACAAUCCUUUGAUCUGAAGAAUGUUGUUUGAAGGCAAUUUUUUUUGUUUUUAUUUGUCCUGUAUAAGAAAAAAAACUUUUUUUUUUUUUUUUAGAAUGACUUAGUUUGUUUUUUCUGUCUUUUUGCUUUAAGGUUGUUAAAGAAGCAUUUAUGUGUUUCUUUAGUCACGUUUCAUUUUUCCAAACAUUAACACUUGUAAAAAUUUCAUGAUGGUGUGCUUUUUUUG